AUGGCUUCAAUUGCACGUUGCCUGAGGGCUGCCAGGCCUGCAGGAGUUUCCAUCCUCGCCAAGACCCCGCGACCGGCGCCGGCCGUCGGCAAAAUGAAUGUGGUCCGGCCGUUUUCGGUCACUGCCAUAAACCCGAUUCGCAAGUACACCAAAGACCACGAAUGGAUUGACCUCAGCGCCGACCACAAGACUGGCGUCAUCGGUAUCUCUGAGUAUGCGGCCGAAGCCCUGGGCGACGUCGUAUACGUCGAGCUGCCCGACAUAGGCAAAGAUAUUUCCAAGGGCGAUGCCAUUGGCGCUGUCGAGUCGGUCAAGUCGGCUGCCGACAUCAACUCCCCCAUCUCGUGCCGAGUCACACAGGUGAACAACGUUCUUGAGGAGGCGCCUGGUACCAUCAACAAGGUCCCCGAGGAUGAUUCCCACGGCGGUGGCUGGAUCGCAAAGGUUGAGGUUGGUGAGCAGGGCGUGAAGGAGCUUGACGAGCUUAUGGAUGCCGAGGCCUACAAGGCUUUUACUGCUGCCGAGGAGCACUAA